UCUCUCUUUCUCUCGUGUAUGAACGCUUGUAUAUUUAUAUAGAUUCACGUGCGUUUGUCAACCUGGAUUUGUCGGUCAAUCUUUACUCGCACAAGGCAAGCAAAAUAAAGGGUCUUUGCUUCGGCUUCACUGCGUUUAUAUAUUGCAAGAUUGCAAAAGUGGUCUUUUUUAAGCCUCUCUUCUUCAACGUCUAUCCAAAACAUUCCAUCACUUUCUUUCCCUAGUUCUGGUGGAACCGUGGAAGCCAUAUCUAUAUGGAGCUAGCUCUGAGCUUAGGUGAUGCCUCCAAGCCCUUUACAUUUCUUGACAAGACCCAGAAGAUGGUCAACAAAGAUGCAGGGUUCUGCAUGGGUUUAGGGACUGGAAUUAUUGGGAAGGGACAGGGCCAUGGAGGUGAAGAAGAUGAGAGGAAGGUUUCAUCAGAUCCGCCCGUUCAGCUUGAUCUUCUACCGUUUUCCCCUGUUCCUCGCCACCAUCCUUCUUCGCAGCUUCGCUUCCCGUGGCUCGCUGAUAACCUGAUGUCUGAACCCGGUUCAUCAGAUGGAUCCGGGAGAGCGCUGGACGUGAACCGGUUUCCGGUGGCUGUCGCGGCGGCCGAGGAUGCGGACGACGGAGGAGCGCUGUCGUCUCCGAACAGCACAGUCUCAUCUUUUCAGAUGGAUUUUUCGAUAUACAGAAGCGGAAAUGGAGGAAGGAGCAAGAGAGAUUUGGAGGCAACCGUGAAUGAAGUUGAGACAUCGAGAGCGAGCGACGAUGAUGAGAACGGUUCAACUCGGAAGAAACUCAGACUCUCUAAAGAACAAUCUGCCUUCCUUGAAGAAAGCUUCAAAGAACACAACACCCUCAAUCCUAAGCAAAAGCUGGCUCUAGCCAAACAACUAAAUCUCCGGCCACGCCAAGUAGAAGUGUGGUUCCAGAACAGAAGAGCAAGGACAAAGCUGAAGCAGACGGAGGUGGAUUGUGAGUAUUUAAAGAGAUGCUGUGAGACACUGACAGAAGAGAACAGAAGGUUACAGAAGGAGUUGCAAGAAUUAAGAGCUUUGAAAACUUCUCAACCCUUCUACAUGCAGCUUCCUGCCACCACUCUCACCAUGUGCCCUUCCUGCGAGCGCGUGGCCACCACCUCCACCUCUUCCUCCGCCGCCGCCGCCGCCGCUGCCCCCACCUCCACCUCCGCCACCCUUGCCAGAACCAGACUGUUCCCCUUUUCACAAGCCCAUGUGCACCAGGCUCCAGCCCACCAGGCUGCUUCAUGAGACACAUCAUAAAAUCCAGACCCCCAAAAAAAACCCCUAAAAUGUACUAGCUUCUUAUUUUUAAUUUUUUGUCGUUUUGUAAAUAUUUUCGAUUUGGGAGGAUUUUAUGUGGAAUUACUUUUGAUCUGAUAGUUUCUUGGUAAUUGGGUUUUAGAAAGCAGAGGUUGGAAAGAGUGAUUACAGUAUAUUAUUGACUACUGAGGAGAAUGCAGGGAGGAGAUUUUAUUAGAGAACCCUUUUUGAAAGGGCAAUUUUCCUCAUGUAUUUCAUCCCAUUUUGUAUUAAAUUUAAUUAAAAAGACGCUUCCCUUUCUCUCUUUC